GGCGGCCGCUGCGAGGCCACGGGUUCGAUCCCAAGGUAAUCGAAUGGACCACCAACCCACCCCCAGGACUUGCAGCCGGGGGCCCCCAGCCUGCGAAGCCGUCCAGAGCGACCCGUCCAUGAAUGUUCACAUCCACACGACCACCGGGGCCCGGUAUGAACUCUCUGUCCCCCUGGAAGAGACGGUGGAAGGACUGAAGAGGAGGCUGUCCCAGAGGCUGAAGGUGCCCAAGGAAAGGCUGGCUCUCCUGCACAAAGAAAGUCACCUUAAUUCCGGCAAACUGCAAGAUCUGGGGGUCGUGGAAGGAAGCAAGUUGACUUUGGUACCCACAGUGGAAGCAGGCUUGAUGUCUCAAGCUUCCAGGCCCGAACAGUCCGUAAUGCAGGCUUUGGAAAGCUUAACAGAAACUCAGGUAAACGACUUCCUCUCAGGAAGGUCUCCUCUGACGCUCGCCCUGCGCGUGGGGGACCACAUGAUGUUCGUCCAGCUGCAGCUCGCCGCGCAGCAGAACGGCAGCCAGGGGCAGCACCGCCACGUCGUCGCCAGCCGCGGGGAGACGCCCGGCGGGGGGACGCCCGCCGCGCCCGUGCCCGCCGCCACCCCGGCCGCCUCCAACUGCCGCACGUUCCACGGGGGCGGCGGCGGCCACCCCGCUUCCGGAUUCGCCCGGGUCCCCGUGGCCCCCGCUUGCCAGCAGAGCCCGGCCCCCAGCCCCGCCGCCCCUUCGUCGCCGGCUCCGGCCGCGCCAACGUACUGUAACGCCGCCCACCCCACGCCGGUGACGGCGGGCAUGUUCCGGUCGCACGGGGCCAGCGCGAACGGUGCCGUCUCCUCGUGUUCGGAGGUGGACUGCGCCGCACGGAGUAACGGUUUGCCCAGCGGCAGCCCAGCCCAGCGUUCCCGCAAACCUGGCGCCGUGAUAGAAAGCUUCGUUAACCACGCCCCAGGGGUCUUCUCGGGAACUUUCUCUGGCACUUUGCACCCGAACUGCCAAGACAGCAGCGGGCGGCCACGGCGGGACAUCGGCACCAUCCUCCAGAUCCUCAACGACCUCCUGAGCGCCACGCGGCACUACCAGGGCAUGCCCCACUCCCUGACGCAGCUGCGGUGCCAGACGCAGUGUUCCUUGUCCUCCUCGCCGCCGCCCUCCCCGGAUCUCGCCAACAGCGCUACCUCAGAGAAGCUGGCGGCCACGGCUAACCAGCCUUUGCACCCUGGGGUCCGGUGCCCGAGCCAAGCGGGCGUUUGCAGGCCUUCUGGUGACCGCUUGCGGCAGACGGAGAACCGGGCCACUCGCUGCAAAGUGGAACGCCUGCAGCUGCUGAUGCAGCAGAAACGGUUGCGCCGGAAGGCCCGGCGGGAUGCCCGGGCCCCUUACCACUGGCUGCCGAACCGCAAGUCCAGCCGAAGCCACAGCAACAGUAGCGUCUCCAGCGAAGGCAGUUUGGACCUAGACUUUGAAGACUCGGUGUGGAAGCCAGAGGUCAAGGCGGACAUGAAAUCUGAAUUUGUUGUAGCGUAA